AUGUCGGACGUGCGGGUGUCCGGCGGUAGCCCGCGCCUGGAGCGCGCGGACGCGCGGACGCCCGCGCCGCCCAAGCCGUCGGCCUGCCGCAACCUGUUCGGCGCCGUGGACCACGAGGAGCUGCGCCGGGACCUGGAGCGGCACCGCCGGGAGCUGGAGGCCGCCGGCCGCCGCCGCUGGAACUUCGACUUCCGCAACCACCGCCCGCUGCACGGCCGCUUCGAGUGGCGCGCGGUGGAGCGCGGGGCGCUGCCCGACUUCUACCUGCGCCCGCCGCGCGCGCGCCUGCGCCCCGCGCCCGCGCCCGCCAGCCCGGGGGACGGCGCC